CAAAUAUUUUAUAUGACGGCGGGAUGGAUGUACAUUACAAGACGUAUGCUGGCAGAAGUAGCCGUGAUAUAAGGUUUGACCAGCUGCUUCACACAAAACCCUUAUCUGGCUCUUCAUCCACAGCAUUCUCUAAAUCAAGUGUUAGUUCCAGAAAAAGGGUCAACGUCGUUUCUUUUGUACCCACAGGUGAGGGGCAAGAAUUAGUAACCAAAUCUCCUGACAAAAUCGUGUCAGAAAAUUCAGAUAGCUCUGUCUGUGUAGGUGCAGUGCAGGCAAAUAUAUCUCAGUCAUUUUUACCCCAUUCCUCUACUGAAGGUGUUCCCACCGGUUCACCCAUCCUGUCAUAUUCCAGUGCACAUAAAGAAUGUCCCAGUCGUCCAUCAAAUAUUAACAUGACAGGCAACAACUCUUUUGGUCAUCCUUCUGACUGUACAUUAGAUAUGCGCUCCGUUCGGAGUACAAAUUGCAAGCCUGACCAUUGUCGAUCAGAAAUUGCUUUAACUCCUUUGUCAUCUCACACUCCUACUAUACAACGCGUUUCAUCCCCGAAUUCCCACCGAAACAUCACCAAUUACCAUAGUCAUCCAGCAUGUACUUCAAAACCUGCUAGUCAGCCAAAACUGCAAGGACUAGAUAAAAGUCAAACCAGUUUAGUUGUUACUAUACCAAACAGCUCCUUAAAAACACAGGCAUUCGUUGACAUCUCCAAGAAUAGUCGUGAACGGAGUCUUCCUUACUCCUGCCCUGCUUUUACGUUAGAACCUGAAAUUGCUUCAGAUACCAGUGCUUCAAAAUCGUUUUCACGACCAAUUCUCAGCGGUAAAAAUAAAAGAGCAGCCUACAAUCCACGUUCUUGGCAGAAAGAAAUUGAAACAGAUGAUAGUUCUCCGACGAAGCUGCAAAAAGUCAAUGAAUCCUCUCCGUGUUCUCAAAAUCAAAGUCAAUCAUCAACUUCAGUUGAAUCCCAUCACUUUUCUACUAAAGAUACUUCAACUUUAAUCAACCAAGAAAACGACUGUAGCAUGAAAAUUCAUAAAAAUAAUGUUGACAAUUUUGCAUUUGAUGAAUAUGAAGAAGAAAUGAAGAAUAAUUUUGAUGCAUUACAUCCAUACAAAUAUUCAAUCAAUGAUAAUCAUUCUGUAAAAUAUUGUGAUAAACUAAGUGAAGAAGAUGAAGACCUAGAAGAUGAUGUUAAACCUUGGUUCCGUCCUGCUUCUCGUGAUGUAUCUAAUAAAAAACUAUCCAACAGUACAAAGAAUAUAAAAGUUAGUCGAACAGAUAAACCUUUGUAUACUGUACUACACAAGGUGAAAGAAGCACAUGUUUGCCAAGAACAAGGUGAAACUCAGCAUUUAUUAGAUGAUGUAGAAUAUUUAGUAGAUGGUCUAACAGAUCGUAAUCAAGUUAAUACUCGUGCACUUAGCGUCCUGACUCUAGCUAACAAAUGUUUGACUGCAUCCUUCCGUUAUACUCUCAAUGCUCAUGGUUUAUUGAAGCGAAUUUGUGCGAAACUUCAUGACGCUUACACAGACUAUGCACUGGCACUUACCUCUGCUGGAUUGUUGUUUGUUUUAUCACGAGAUCGUGACCCGAAUAUAUUAGAUGUUGACUCCUUGGCUAUUAUAUUGAAAUUAUUCUCUGCACCCGAUACCAAUACAAAUGGCAGUACUGGUGGUGGUCAUUGUGAAAUCAGUAAAAAUAAAGAAGCUGAACGUGUACGUAUGCGUGUUCGUCAACUACUCGACGGUUUACAUCAAAAUAAUUCCAAGAGUUUAACACCAAUAUCUUCAACUUGCCCAGAUGUUGUUGUAGGUAACAAUUCAAACACGAUAGCUUCUUCCAAUCAAUCACUAUUCUCUAGUGGAAAGCGUUCAAUCCUUCCACCUGGAUCUAAAACACCUACAAAUUCAAGUUUAAACACUCGACAUUUACAGAUUACCCGUCAGUUGACAACCUCAGAUUUAGUUAUUGAAUCUAUUUUAAACUUUGGCACUCGGAAAGCAGGAGAUUGGUUCAAAGUAGAACUUCGUAAUGGUGGUGGAUUAGAUAAAGUUGCUGAUGCAACUUCAGACGCUGUUGAUUAUUUGGCAGAUUUAGAUCCAAACAAUACAUCUCGUAAACCAACAACUGUUUGGCGUUCUAGGACUAACUUAACAGGAAUUGAUAACUUCGCUUUGGAUAGACUUAAACGAGUUUGCCAUUAUACUCGAUUGUUAGAAAAUAUGACUUAUAUGAAUUCAGAUAAUCAAACAUAUUUGGUACAUUAUCGUGAUGGAAUACUUGUUAAACGUUUAUUGACCUGUUUACGAGUUUGUGUAUCUCAUUUACCGAAAUCAUCAACUCAACAAUCAAAUUCUAAUUCUACUACUACUACUACUAUUAAUAAUAAUAAUAAUAAUAAUAAUAAUAAUGUUUCUAUGGAAAAAUCUACUGUAAAUAGUAUCAGUGUUUUGUCAAAUUCAAAUAAUUCUGCAUAUGAUAGUCAAACUAUAUUAACUGAUUGCAUUUUAGGUAUAUUUCGAUUUUUGGUUAAUGUUUCACAUAAUGAAUUCGCCAGUGAACGUCUUGGUGCUUGUUCAGGUUUUCUAGAAACUAUUUUUGAUUGCCUACUCAAGUUACCUGAUCGUUUGCCUGGAACAAAAAGAUUUGAUGUAAUUGUCUUAGUGCUCUGUCUUUUGGUAAAUAUGUGUGAACAUUGUCCUGAAAAUCGUACCCGAAUUGUAUAUUUGGAUAUUACAAAAUCAUGUCUUAAACAAGGCUCUUCAACAAAUUUGAAAGAUGUUAAAUAUAUCGAUACAUACGAUGAUGAAGAGGAAGAUGAUGAUGAUGACGUAAAUGCAAAUACAAAUACUUCACGACAAGUUGUAACCACUUCUGCACUUGACGAACUCAUACAACUAUUUCUUACUCGAGAAGAAUGCGCACGUAACCAUGAUUUCGAGAGAGAUGAUGAUGAAGCUAUGGCAGCUGCAGCGGCCCGUAAACGUUCUGAGGAAUUAGAAGAUUUUGAAAAUAAUUCUAAACAAUUACGCCCAGGUUACCCUAACCCUACUGUCGAAGAAGCUGGCUUGAAGUGGCGUUUAAUAGAGGAUCGAAGAGCAAUGAAUCUGAAUAAUAGAGGAUUUUUAGGUCGGAAUAAGAAACGACUAAACCGUAAACAAAAGUGUAAAAGUACUGUAAAUAAACAACGGCAGAAUAUGGGGGGUUUCAAUGAUGACGAUGAAGAUUCUGAUGAUGUAGAUGACUUAGAUGAUGAUGAUGAUUGCAUUGAAGAUGAUGAUUUAGAGGAGAAUGAUGAAGGUGAUGACGAUCGUGAUGAUGAUGAUGACGACGAGGAUGAUGAUGAAAGUGUUGGCAGUGGUGCAGAUGUUGAAUUUGUUGCCGACACACAAGAGGAACAAGAAAAGUUAGCCAAAAGUAUGUCUCAAGCUCAACAACAUAUGGAAGACUCAGUAGUGGCUGCUUAUGCUGCUCUCCUACUUGGCUGUAUUCUACAGUCAAGUCCUCGUUACACCGAUCGAAUUAGAUCCAAAUUACCAGAUGGACAAUUUCGUCCAUUAGCAAUUAUGUUAGCUAAACUACUUAGCUUUUUAUCUUUAACUAAAGGUGUAGGAUCAUCAGGUUCUGAGUCUAUUCUACGUAUUGUCAGAAUUUUAGAAGCACAAGAUAAACAAAAUACAAAAAUAUCAACAUCUAAUGAUUGUGGUGACAGUUAAUAUUAAAUAAAUACUGUUCCUCUACUUCAUUUUGAUAUUCCUUUUUUUUUGUCUGUGUUUACCAUGUUCUCCUGUUGUUGUUGUUUUUUUUUUUGUAUUACUCUAUCUCUUGUACGUUGUCGCGGUCGUCGUUCUUGUUAUUAUUAUGAUUAUUAUCAUUGUCGAGUAUGUUAUGCGUGCGUGCGUGCGCGCGCGCGUGCGUGUGUACAUACAUACACACAUCCAUACAGUUUAGAUAGAUGUAGAGGGAUGUAUGUGCAUGUAUUUUCAAAUAAUUUCUAGAUUUAUUGCACAUAGUUUGUUUGUCUAUUUACUUAUUUAUUUUCCUUUGUCUUUACUUUUCAUCGUCUCGUUUAUCAUAUUGUUUUUCUAAUACCAAUAUACAUUUGGUUUCCAUCUUAGAAGCAAUAAAUGAAUGAAAUUCACAUUUGAUUAAAUCAUAAUAAUAAUAAUAAAUAAAUAAAUAAAUAAAUAAUACGAAUAAGAUUGUUCAUCAUUGAAUAUAUAUAACAUUCAUUUGAAUUAAUUUUAAACACCUUUCUUUUAUGUGUAUAAAUUUGUAAUACAAACAAUAAUAGUCAUUUAUUCAACUUUAUUAUUUACUUUUACUACAUUAUCUUUUGUCUGUUUAUCUUUAUUGAAUAAAACUUUUUCUCUCUGAAACAAUUUGAUUUCUUUCUUUUUCUUUUCUCUAUUUUUUUUUCUCUUUUCUCUGUUUUCUUUUCUACAGAUUGAUGUAUAUAAUUAUAUAGUUGUUCUUUUACCUAUCUCUUCUUAUAUAUUCACUUGAUUAUAUAUUUAUCUUAAUGUAUUUGAAUAGUAUUAUCAAUUGUACUAUCUGUUUUUUUUCUGUUUUCAAUGAUCUAUUUCAUUGCCUUCUUUCUUUCUUUCUUUCUUUCUUUUUUUUGUUCUUUUCUUUUCCUGAUGAAAUAAAUAAUCUUUAUAGUUGUUCUCUUUUCUAUUCUUUGUUAUUGUUUUCAUUGUUGUUGUUGUUAUUAUUAUUAUUCAUUGUUAAUGUUAAUGUUGACAAGUUGUCAUAGUAUUUUGUAUAGUCUUCUAUGAUUGAUAAUGAAAAUAUAAUUGUUUCUUCUUUUUUUUUGUUGCCAAAUGCCCUAAACCUCUUUACUUAUGGUAUUUUAAAUUAUUAUAGUAAGUUCCUUUAGUUGCUUCAUCUUCUUCUUUUGUUUGUUUGUUUGUUUUUUCUUUCUUUCUUUCGUUAGCUUGUUUGUUAAUGUUUUAUUGAGAAUGAUACAUGAUUUGUUCAAUGUAAUUUUUUUCGUUUGUUUGUUUGUUUGUUUGUUGCUAUUCACUUUCUUUCCCGUUUGUACAUGUAUGACUUCACUCGGGUAUUUCUAUAAAUAAUAACAUUAAUUUAUUUUGUAAAAUAUUCCCCCUUUGAAAUUUGUUUAUUAACAAAGUUAUUAGUAUACUUUAUGAUUGUGUUU